AUGGCCCGCGUCUCGGCGGAGCUCCACGCGACGGUCUACCUUGUAUCAGCCAUUCACAACACCUACGGUGCAGUGGAAAGGGGCCAGCCGGCGCCGGAGCUCGAGCUCGACUAUCUGUGCGCCAGGUUCGACACGUCGCGCUGCGGCGACCCUCGGGACGUGGUGUACUCGCUCCUGUCGCUGCCCCAGGACGCGCAUCGCGGGCGACUCCUCCCCGAUUACUCGCAUGGCACCGCCGUCGAGGACGUGUUCGUUCAACGUUUCCACGUGAUCGUGGACGAUGCCCAGUCUUUGGACUUCAUCUUUCGUGCGAAUCACCCGCCACUCCCCAAAUUUGGCAGCGCCGAGAUUUGA